CUUAUUCACAAAUUUUGGUGUUUUCGACACAAUCUUGCAUAGAUUCUUGCUCUGUAGCCCUCACAGUUUUCUUACCGAAUCACAUCAGAUUGAAUAAAAGGGUUAAACUUAACGGCGGUGCUUGUUUUGCAACACAAGUUAUGGUCGCUAUAGAGACUUUUUGCGAUUCUUAUGGUGGGAGGAUGGAGAUAUGGACAAGAAGCCCCUGGAGUACAGAAUGCGAGUACAUUUGUUUGGAGCAGCCUCGUCUCCUGGAUGUGCUAACUACGGGCUCAAGUAUCUAGCAAAGAUUUGCCAGAGUGACCUGCCCAAGGCUUCUUUUUUUGUGCAGAACAACUUCUAUGUUGACGAUGGCCUAUCUAGCACGGAAACAGAAGAAGAGGCCAUUCAGUUGAUCAAGGAUGCUCAAGAGCUAUGUGCUAACGGUUGUAUGCACCUACACAAGUUUAUUUCUAACCGUAAACGGGUUAUUGAUUUAAUCCCUGUGUCAGAAACAGCUGCAGAUGUGAAGGACCUUGAUUUAGCGUUGGAUCAGUUACCGGUGGAAAGAGCCCUUGGUGUAAGAUGGUGCGUAGAAAACGACAACUUCAAAUUCGAAAUAAUGAUCAAGAACGUUAUGGCUACUAGACGAAAUAUGCUGUCAAUAGUGGCAUCGCAUCGAUAUUUGUUCCUUUAGGAUUUCUCGCCCCUUGCGCUCUUAAAGGGAAGAGAAUUCUUCAGGAAAUGUGCCAGAGAGGUGUCGACUGGGAUGAUACUCUUCCCGAAAGUAUACGGCCUGAAUGGGAGAAAUGGAUUGAAGACAUUCACAACCUAAAGUAUGUGACAAUUCAAAGCCACAAUAAUUUGGAAAACCACUUCGUAUAGAGCUGCAUCAUUUUUCUGACGCUAGUACUACUAGUUAUGGCCAAUGUUCAUACAUCAGAUUUAUCAAUGAAAAUGCUGUUCACUGUUCCCUGGUAAUGGCAAAAGCAAGAGUAGCUCCACACAAGAUGGUCAGCAUACCAAGACUAGAACUGACGGCUGCAGCAUUAUCAGCAAAAAUCAGUGGAUUCCUCAAACAAGAACUGAACCUGGUCAUAGAUCAAGAGUAUUUCUGGACAGACUCGCGUGUAGUUUUAGGGUACAUCAACAACGAAGCACGCAGGUUCCAUGUGUUUGUCGCCAACCGCGU